GCCUUUGUUGCUUUUACUUCAGUAAUUUUUUAAUUAUGUGUAGUUUACAAACAUGGCAAGUGAACUUAAGUAAAACAAUUUUUAUUAAUUUUUAAAGUAUAUUUCUGUAAAUGAAAUAAAGAUUGUUGAUAUCACGACUCGACAUUACCAUUACUCGAUUACUAUUAAUCAGUUGUAUAUUUUAUUACCAUAAAAACAAUUGUGUAAAAAAGUACUUGUCCGUGAAUAUAGUAAUUUGAUGAUUUUCUAAGAAAUUUGUAAAAUUCAAUGCGGCAUUUGAAAAUAUAAGUUUAUUAUCUUUUACCAACAGACAGCAUUGUGUUCGAUCGUUAGCCAUUUUUAUAAUCUUCCAUCCAUUCUUGUCCACUUUAUCCUUUCUCAUACAUAACCUAGUAUGUCUCUAAUGAAGCGGUGAAUUUAAAGAAAUGAGUGUUAACGAUUUAUUGUGAUUCUUAUGACGUUCGCACUUUAUGUAUUGUUCAAUAUUAUAGUAAAUACUAUAGUGAACAUUAUAAUAAAAACUUUUUUGAUAAGAACGGGCUAUACAUAUAACGUACAAAUAAACCAAAUAAGCGCCUUUACUAAAUUAAUAUUUAGACAAUUUGAUUUUCCUUCUUUAUAAAUUUCUUUCUUUGAUGAAUAAAAAAGUAUAAAAGAAAAAAGAAUGAGUUGCGCAAUAUUACAUCGAUUAGUGCUGACACCAUAUAGACAGAACAUAAAUUUUGCUAUUUAUCGCAAGGUCGAAAAUGUGUUUAUGUUCUUCCAGGAGAAAAUUACAAUUCCGAUAAAUUAUUCUGUAAAUAUGAAUAUAUGCAUUUCCCAUAGAACUUUUUAUAAUAAGGCUCAACUUCUUAAAAAUGUUACUGUAACUAAUAAGAAAGGAAUUCAAGAGAAUAUUUCUGCGCUUCAGUUAAAAAAAAGACCUAUACGGAAACACAAGUCUGUUGUAAGGGAAGAGGCAUCUUUAAUUCCUGGAGUUUGGAUUAUAAAAGCAAUGGCUACAGCAGAACAGUAUAAUUUGGAAGGCUUAGAAAUUGGACUUUUGAAUCAGCAGCUAUAUAUACCUCAUAAAAUUUGUAUAUCUACAAAUCCUCUACCAGAUGUUAUUCAUGCAAUAGCAAAAUAUGAAAUAGGACACGAACCAAGAGAAUUAUAUUUUUUCCGAGAAGGUACAGUUGUUAUGUGGAAUGUUCCUGAUCUGGAAAGUGGGAACAUAUUACAAUUUUUAAAACUUUAUGAAGAAAAUAGUUAUACAUUAGAAUUAAUUCAUGCUGAAAGCGAAUUAAUGACUUAUACGUAUACAGAGAGUGGAAAGAAAUGUCAUAUCAAGGAUGGAAAUAUAAUACUCACACGGGAUGCUACAAACUUAGAAAAAUAUACAUUUUCUAAUGCAAUAGCGCAGUCUGUAAAACUCGGAAUCUGGGAGACAUCAUUAAGUCAUUAUAUAAAUACAGUAGAAUUUGUAACGGAAGAUUUAAGAACUGGUAAAAAAUUGCGAAUGUCGCAACGUGAGGUCCUUAGGAAACAGGGUGAAUUAUUUGCAUUAAGGCAUUUAAUUAAUCUAAGUUCGGAUUUAUUGGAUACACCUGAUUUCUAUUGGGAACGAGAUGAUCUAGAAAACUUAUAUCAACAAAUAUAUGGAUAUUUUAAUAUAGCAAAACGUACAAAGGUGAUGAAUGAAAAGCUAAAUCAUUGUGUGGAACUUGUCGCAAUUCUUUCAAGUCAUUUGAGCGAUCGACAUCACAUUCGUUUAGAGUGGAUGAUCAUAGUUCUAAUAAUGGUAGAAGUUGCAUUUGAAACAUUACAUUAUGUAGAUAGAUAUCUUGUAAAAUAGAAAUUACCACAAUUUUUCUAUGCAUAUAUUACGCAUACAUUAUUAAUAUGUAUGGUAUUUAUACGUUCAUCGAACUAUUGUAUAUAUAUUGUAAAAUUUAUUUUGUAAGGCAUAUAUAUGUACAUGUAUACGAAUUUUUUGUUUAGAUAAUAUUUUAUUAUUUAAUAAGUAAAUUGUACGAAUAUUGCGAUUUAUAUGUUGUUAGGGCCAUUUUUUUGGUCUUUUUAAAUACUGUUUCUUUAUCGGUUUAGAAUUUGUCGAAUUUAAAAUAGGUUAAAAUAUAAAAACACUGUUUUGAUUUAUUUAUAGAAAAUCCUUGUUUACUAUUUCCCAUGCAGCGAGAUGACAAUGACGAAAAUGAUGGUUAAAUAUUUCUCCCUGAUUUUAGUGUUAUAUUUUUAUGUCAUUCUGUAAAUAUCCUGUAAAAUGCAAUCGUAAAAGAAAGUUUUUCGUAAGUAAGAUAUAGGACAAAAGUAAAAUAAAAAAAUUUGUUGAAAAUUACUUUAUAUUUGAUAAUUAAAAUUGUUUAUUAUAUGAUA